UUGGCGUGAGUUGGCUCCCUUUUAAGUUUUAAUCGCGAGCGCGAGGCCAAAUCAGCUGAAAGAAAUCAAGAUCUCUCGCGCCGGGGAGUAAGCAAGCCGCGAUUUGUGGCUGCAAUUUGGGCUCGGCGUCGGGUUCUUUGUCUGCAAACAACUGCUACCACAGGACAGGUUCGAAUAUCUUUUGGGAUUUCGUCAACUCUCUUCACCCAAGAAAAGCUUGCAAGAGCACAGGCUGCGUUUCCAUUCGUCUUCAGGGCAAAGUCUAUCUUUUACUGCUUUAGCAAUGGAGCCCAAUGCUGAUCCUGAAAAUACUCUGAUGAUUGAAGAAAGUGUGGAAAUAGAUCCAAGAAGAGCACGUUUUCCCUGCUGCAUUGUGUGGACACCUCUGCCUGUCCUGUCGUGGUUUAUCCCUAUUAUUGGUCACAUUGGAAUAUGUAGAGAGGAUGGGGUUAUCUUGGAUUUUGCAGGGCCAAAUUUUGUGUGCGUAGACAAUUUUGCAUUUGGAGCACCAGCUCGCUACAUUAGGAUAAGGAAAGAUGAGUGCCGUGUUUCUCGCUAUCCUGCUCCAUAUGAAAGGGAAGAUGACCGGAAUUACGGUGAAACUGGAAAUGACGCUACAACAUGGGAUGGUGCAUUGCACAAGAGCACAGAAGAAUUCCAGCACCGAUCUUAUAACCUUCUCACCUGCAACUGCCACUCAUUCGUUGCCAAUGCUUUAAACCGGUUGGGCUUCCAGGCCGGGGGGUGGAAUGUUGUUAGUUUAGCAAUUUACAUCUUACUCAAGGGACAAUGGGUUCGCAAAGCCUCCAUCUUGCAAACCUGUUUACCUUUUCUUUUAGUGUUCGGUUUAGGGCUCACCUUUGGGGGAGGGGCUUUCCUAACCUACUGGGCAAUCUUCGUUGCUGUUCUUGUUGGCUGGUUUCUUAUUGGUUCCUACUGUUUCAAGACAAUGAUCUAUUUGUAGUUGCCCGCUGUUUCCUACUCAUUCUCUAUGUAAAACAUGUACCGUGAUUCUGAUAUGAAAUACAAUAUGGAUUUGUUCAA